AUGUUUCCAUCAACAGAAACUAUUAAUGAUUAUUCCGUUUAUCAUGAACUUGGACGAGGUGGUUUUGCUACCGUUCAUAAAGCAAUUCGCAUCUAUGAUAAAUUAGAAGUUGCUUGUAAGAUGAUCGAUCGUCUUAAAAUUCAACAACAGACAACUACUCAACAUCGUCUUAUGCAUAAACGGUUGAAAAAUGAAAUUGAAAUACAUUCAAGGUUAAAACAUCCGAAUAUUGUUGAUUUAUUCAAUUAUUUUGAAGAUCAAAAAUAUGUUUAUUUAAUUCUUGAACUGUGUCAAUAUGGAGAUUUAGAAAAGUAUUUGAAAAUAAAAAGAACAUUAAACGAAAAUGAAACUCGUGUAUAUGUGAAACAAGUCAUUGAGGGUUUACAAUAUUUACAUGAUCACGGAAUAUUACAUCGAGAUAUUAAAUUACAAAAUUUAUUAUUAACAGAAAAUUAUAACAUUAAAAUAGCGGAUUUUGGUUUAGCAAAAAAAGUAGAAACAAUUGAUGAAAAAAAUCAUACCAUGUGCGGAACACCAAAUUUUUUAUCACCCGAAAUAGCAACGAGAAGUUCUCAUAGUUUUGAAACAGAUGUGUGGUCUCUAGGAAUAUUAAUUUAUACGUUACUUGUUGGUCAUCCACCUUUCGAUACAGAAAGUGUUUUAUCAACAUUAUCACGUGUGGCUAAAGUUGAAUAUGAAUUACCCUCAAGUUUAAGUGAUGAAGCUAAAGAUCUGAUUAACAACAUCUUACAAAAACAACCAGAAAAACGUUUAACAUUAAAUCAAGUAAAAGAACAUUCAUUUUUUACAAAAGAAUUUGAAAAGCAAUCACCACUGUAUGAAAAUUUAUUUCUGACUACAAAACCUCCAGAUAUUCUUUCUACUUUACCACGUCAAGAAAAUAGAUUAUUUCAAGAUAGACUAACGACGUUGAAAUUACAUGAAAAUUUCAUGACACCAUCACAACCGAUUAAAGCAAGACGAAGUCCAUCAUUGGAUAUUCUUCGUACUGGUACAACCGAUACUACUCGUCCCGAUAGUGCCAGUGUUUCAUCAUCUCGAGAUAGUGGUUUACCAAAAUCUUCAUUAGAUUAUUCUUCAAAUUUAUCAAUUUCACGUUCUCUUGUUCAUGAACAAGAUUCAUCAAUAAAUAAAAAUAAUCAUCAUAAACAAUUACAAAAGUUAAAUUCUCAACGUUUAAAACCAAUUCGUCAAAUUGCACGAUUAAUUAUGUUUGCUAUAUUAGAAAAUGGUGAAGUUGUAGUAGAAACUCUAAGAGUAAAAGGAAAAAAGAAGCGAAUUGUUGAUGUAUGCAGAAUAUCAACAGAUGGAAAUAAAAUAAUUACUUAUAUUCCAACAAAUCAUUCAUCAACAGGUACUUAUCCAUCACCAAUUCCAAAAGAUAGAAAUUCUUAUCAAGAAUAUGAUUUUGACAAUUUACCAGAAAUUCAUUGGAAACAAUAUCAACGUGCUUAUAAAUUUGUUAAUGUAAUUCGUUCUCGUACAGCUAAAAUUCAAUUAAUUACACCAGAUGCAAAAUGUCAACUCAUGGAAACAUCUGUAGAUUUUGAAAUUAAUUUUUUAUGUGGUAUUCGAAUUUUAAUUUAUCGUGAUGAUUCCAAUAUUGAUGAUCAUUUAAAAAUUAAAUUAACAAAUGAGUCAGAUAAUUCAACGAUCAUUUUAGACUAUGAAAAAGCAACAAAAUCUGGAUUAGGUGAACAGUUUACAACACCGGAAUUACAAAAUAUAUUAGAAAAUUCAUGUCAGUACUAUGAUUAUUGUCUGUCGAAAGAUCAUCUAUUAGAAAAUGAUCAACAAUUAUUUCCAGAUAUUCAAACUUUUCCCGUUUUAUUUAACGCUCAAUUAGGAAAAAAACUCAAUCAAGAAAAUCAGAAUAGACCAAAUUCAUCUUGUUCACUUGGUCGUUCUCGAUCUCAACAAUUUGGAUCUUCUUCUACUGUACAUGAAAUCGAUCAUUUUUCAACAUCAUCUUCUACACGACGUGCAUUUGCUGCCAGUGAUACAGAUAUUCGUCCAUCAUCACAAAAUCUUUCACCUAAACGUUCCUAUAUUCAUUAUAAUCCAAUAAAAACGGAUUCAGUUGAACAACUUACCGUAUUAUCGACUUAUCCAUCAUCUACAUUAAAUUCAAAUCUAACUGGUAUUAAUAAUUUGACAUGUAAAUCAAAAAAUGUUCGAGAUAUUGGUUGUGUACGUCAACAAACGAAUGGAGAUUUUGAAAUUCAGUUUAAUGAUAAUAGUUUAAUGAAAAUAAAUGCAAAUGUUGAACAACAACUUUAUAUUGAUUCAAAUGGCAAACAUUAUUAUUUUGAUCGAUUUGGAGAAAAAGAGUUGCCUGAAUGCGUGAAACAUAAACUAUUUCUCAUACAAAAAUAUGAACUAUUUGAAACAUUAAAUAAAUAA